UUGCGAAAGAUCGUCCAUUUUGCCCUAAAAUUACAUAACCAAAAAUUAGGGACUGGUUUUGAGCUGAAAUGGCAGCGGCACGAAUCGGUAAAUCUUCCAUAAACUGGGCGAGCCUCGCCGAAAGGGUCCCCGAAUCCCAAAAACAUCUUUACCAACAAUUCAAGUCCAAGUCCGACUCCUACCUGAGAAAAGUCACCUCUCUGCCAGAAAACGCUCCGGCCAUCGACUGGACGACGUACAAAACACGAAUCCCCAUCAAAGGCAUGGUCGACGAUUUCCAACGUCAAUACGAAGCGCUAAAAAUCCCCUACCCGCCCAAUCCCAAGGUGGCAGAGCUGGACGCGUUGGAAAAGGAAACCGCCGCCGACAUUGAGAAAUUCAAGCAGGAAUCGUCGGCACGAAUUUCAGAGUAUAAGAAGCAACUCGCUUACAUAGCGUCGUUAAUUCCGAUCGAUCAAAUGACAAUGGAGGAUUAUAGAGAUGCGUAUCCGGAGACCGCUUUCGAUCCUAUCAACAGACCGACGUUCUGGCCGCACGAGCCUGAAGAUCAGACGACUGCUAUUGAGGAAAAAGAAGCGCAUUAGUUUUAGUAAAUUUUGCUAGUAAACGUUAAAGCUUCUAUGAGAAGAUCUAAAUUGCAAUUGUAUUAUUGAGUAAAGUAAAUGGAAAUGUAUAAUUUA